AUGUGCUUCACUGUGAUCCUGCAAGAUACGCUGACAAAUGCUGUCGAAAGUUUCCAGGUUCCUGUCGGAUCCAUUGCGUUUUUUAUCAUGAUCAUUCUCGAAAUACGCGAAAGACACUGCAGCUAUGAUGCCAUGCAGUGGCCCAAAGUUGAAGAUGCCAACAAAAUUGAGAGAUGCAUAUUUUCCUAUGGACAUUUGAUGCACCAAGCUGAUCCAAAGGAUUCGUUGCAACUUCUCGUUCAGUUCAUUUCGGAGAGCGCAAUUAGUAAAGACAUGCAGUCGUCCCAAUGCACGCCUCUUUCACAGUUCCACACUGUAGUUGGCCAGGUGCCCAACCAUAUCAAGUCACAUGUCUUCAUCGCCAUUGGCAAGUUGUGUCUGGUUAACGCACAGGCCGUCAAGUUGUGUGUGCCUGCACUCGUUCAGCAGUUGCAGACGUCCAGUGAUUAUCGCGUGAGGAACAACAUCGUCAUCAUGCUUUGUGACCUCACCGUUAGAUACACGCUGAUAGUUGACCCGUACAUGAACUGCAUUACAUCAUGUCUUCAAGACGAACAUCCACUCAUCAGGAAACAAACAUUCAUCAUGCUCACCAAACUUCUUCAGUUAAACUUUGACGUUCAUUUUGCAAGUCGACUUGAAUCCACAAGUACGUGA